AUGAUCGUCCCCCGAAUAGAAACUCAGUUCAGGGUUUCCCCUCGAGCCCCUCAUCUUCAGCUGGCCCUUUCACGUCGUGUCAUUGCUCCAAUGCUGCUCUCACUAUUGCCAGGGAGCCAGAAGAAGCAAGAAGCGAGGGAGAUCCCACGGGAUCGUCAUACCCAAGGCGAUCCCGCAGCAGUGACCACACGGUCGAACCCAGGCAGAUGCCAAAGAGCCCCAACAACCGUCGACACGUCCCUACAUUGUGACGGGCGGAUGGACGGUUGGCGUUGUAUUUCGCAUGGGGGGUUUCGCGAAAGUCGGAACCUCGCGGCGAAAACGGAGCCCAACGGUGAGCCCCAAACCAACCUAGCCGUACUCCGUAAAAGAAGUGGAAAAUUCGCCUCCAAGAAGACACCGAGGUCAGAAGGGGGAGCAGCGCGCAUUGCAUCUGCGACACUGGUUGACUGGUUUGCGGGACCGGUCGAGUACGCGCUGAGUAAGUUCCCAAAAAGGAAGCCGAUGGUAGGUGCUAACUUGGUACUUGCUACCUCUUUAGAAGUCAGGAAGUGUGUGUGGUGUUGGGCGGAGGAACCUCACCGUUCAGUCGCAGCUUCCCAAAUGCUUCUCCCCCCACCUUAUGUGGUCGCCGGUCACGAUUUUAGCACGUUUCAGAACCUCCGGGGUGAUGAAGCAGCCAGUCAGAGCCCGCAUUCUUGUGUCCCUGAGCCGCAGGGGUCCUCGGAUGAGAUCCGCCCCUCUCCAUCCCAACAGGCCAAUGAGAAGACGUAUUUAGUACCUCCCGCAACGUCUUCUACUCCUUUCGGCGCUCUUACUCUCAUCUCUGGCCUCCCAUUGGGCAUCUUGGUUACCGCACCUCCAUCGCACCUCCAUCUUGUUCCUCCCGGACCUUCUCCCGAAGACGGUCAUCACUUCCUUUCUCUAAAAUCUGAAAGCGCGUUCCUCCUCCUCUUGGCUGUCAGUGUCACGAGUGUCAACUCAUGA